AUGAGCUGGUGGUGGUCCGGAGCCAUUGGCGCUGCCAAGAAGAAAUUCGAUGAAGAUGAACCGCCGCGAACCCCCGAGAGCGUGGCUCUGAUAAUCGGCGUCACCGGCAUCGUCGGUAACAGCCUCGCCGAGAUUCUCCCCCUACCCGAUACACCAGGCGGCCGAUGGAAAGUCUACGGCGUUGCCCGGCGUCCUCGUCCUUCCUGGAACGCCGAUUACCGAAUCGAAUAUAUCCGGUGCGACAUCACCGAUCCAAACGACACACGAACCAAACUCUCCGUUCUCACCGAUGUUACUCACAUCUUCUACGUCAGUUGGACAAACCGUGUCACGGAAACUGAAAACUGUAAAGUUAACGGCGAGAUGUUACGGAAUGUCCUCCGUGCCGUUAUCCCAAACGCUCCGAACCUCCGUCAUGUGACGCUUCAGACUGGCACCAAGCACUAUGUGGGACCGUUUGAACUGUUUGGGAAGAUUAAAAGUCACGAGCCACCGUUUACGGAGGAUCUACCGCGUUUGGAUGCACCGAAUUUUUAUUAUGUUCAAGAAGAUAUAUUGUUUGAAGAAACUCGUAAGAAAGAGGGUUUGAGUUGGUCUGUUCAUAGACCUCAAGUUAUAUUCGGAUUUUCGCCUUAUAAUUUGAUGAACCUUGUUGGUUCUCUCUGUGUUUACGCUACAAUUUGCAAGCAUGAAGGUGUUCCUUUGAGGUUUCCUGGUACUAAGGAAGCUUGGGAGUCUUAUUCUGUGGCUUCUGAUGCGGAUUUGAUUGCUGAGCAGCAUAUUUGGGCUGCGGUGGAUCCUUAUGCUAAGAAUGAAGCUUUUAAUUGUAGCAACGGUGAUGUUUUCAAGUGGAAGCAGUUAUGGAAGGUUUUGGCGGAACAGUUUGGGAUUGAGGAGUAUGGGUAUGAGGAAAAUGGUGGACGUUUGAAGUUGUCGGAGUUGAUGAAGGAUAAGGGUCAUGUUUGGGAUGAGAUUGUGAGUGAGAAGCAGUUGGAAGCGACUAAGUUGGAAGAGAUUGGUGAGUGGUGGUUUGUGGAUAUUAUUUUGGGAGGAGAAGGGCUUGUGGAUAGCAUGAACAAGGCUAAAGAACAUGGGUUUGUUGGAUUUAGGAACACUAAGAAUUCUCUGAUAAAUUGGAUAGAUAAAACAAGGGCUUUCAACAUUGUUCCUGAGAAAUGA